AUGGCCACUCCAACAUUUAUUGUGGAUAUGCCACCUGCAGGCCCAUCAUCCAACCCAAAAAAAAGGAGCCAAGUGGCCAGGGCCUGCAACUGGUGCCGCGUGCACCGUCUGAAGUGCGACUCGGAAUAUCCCUGCGCGAACUGUCGGAAGAGAGGUGGACAGUGCAAUCACGACCGGCUGACGCGAUCGGUUACACUCCCACAAGCCUAUCGCGAGAUUGAGAGGUUGAAAGCGCGAGUUAGCGAACUCGAACUCGAGCUGCAGAAUGAGCGGCAACGUCCCUCCGGUUGGCAGCUGCAAACGCCCGCGACCCCAGAGGAUGAACUCGAGGGCAAUGCUCCGAAGACUGAAAAACAAAGUCAGGAUAAAUUCUGGGAAGGCAUUCAUAUCAGCACAGCUCGAUCUCCAAACAAGACGUGGUACGGUGCAUCGUCGCUUUUCUUUUUCAUCGGCAGCAUCAACAAGUUCUUGGCUACGGCUCUAAAAGAAAAUCACUCGGCGAGAGGUAUGAUGCCCGAAUCUGCCAGUACAGUCCUUGAUGGCCCGGCAGAGGAUCUUCAUAGCGAGCAGCCCAGCCAGGCCGCUCCAAUUGCCGAUUCAAUCCGACCGGCGGAAUCGCUCAGCUCAAUGCAGGAAGAGUAUUUCAUCAACCUCUUCUGGGAAUCGUACUAUCCGUCCUUUCCAAUACUAGAUGAAGCGGAAUUCAAAGAACACUACCAAUCUCUGUGGACGGCUGGGGCGACAGAAAGAAAACCCUCCGCCCUCGUCGACAUGGUCUUGGCUCUCUGCAUGCAGUAUGGUAUGGCUCGACAGCCAGGUCGGCGGCACGCGUUGACCACCACUAACAAGGGCAAUGUUGAUGAUUCAGACUCUACUAUCGCUGGUCGCUGGCAUUACCGCCGCUGUCUAGCGCUAUUGUCGAGCCAACUAGAAAGCCCAACUCUGUCCACACUGCAAUGUCAUAUCCUCUGCUCGAUAUACUUAUGCAACGCUGGCUUUCAAAACAUGACAGAUAACUCUUGCGGUCUCGCAGUUCGCACCGCUUUUAUGCUCGGCUUGCAUCUUGAACCUCCCCAGAGCAUGCCGCAGCGGGAAAGGGAGCUACGGAAGCGUAUAUGGUGGAGCUUGUACAUUCUGGAGAGUAACCGAAGCAUGAAGAUGGGUCGUCCGUUCAUUCUUCAAGAUUCGUCAUAUUAUUGCUCCCUGCCUUCGGAUGACAGGGAGAUCGCUAGAAGCUCGGGCACUAGCUUCGCUCCGAUCGCAGAGAACAUCACCUGGUUGACAUGGAGUCUCUACAAAACAAAACUCGUCAUUGCGGUGCGAAAGGCAUACAUGAGCUUUUACACCAAGCCGCCGGAUGCUGUCGUGAUAGGCGAUACAGGAGCCAUCGCGGCGAUCAUGGAGGGGUGGCUGAAGGGUGUCCCCGAAGCCUUGAAGACAGCGCGACAGAACGGCGGUGUUCCUUUCUCAACGGACCUCUCACCAGUACAGAUUGAGCAGUUCACUCCCGGGUGGCUCCAGCGCGAACGCCUCCUGCUCGAGCUGACAUACCACUGCAUGUCCACCAAUCUCUACCGAUCGUCCAUUUGCUUCACUCUCAACGGAGCCCCGCCGUCCGCUACGGAACAAGCGGCGUCAAAAUGUGCUGCCCACGCUAUUGCCCUCACACACAUAACGUACCAGGUGCUCAACUUGUCUUCUGUCCUACACGGCUGGCACGAGGCCUUCCAAUGGCAAUGGAAUGUCUCAAUGACGCUCGUUGGAUACGUGCUGGCCUUUCCGCAGACUUCGUCCUCGGCCGCUGCUCGAGAAGCCAUCGACCUGUCAGUGUCUGUCUUUGAGCAUUUCGGGAACAGUUUCGCGGUCGCUACCAACGCGGCAACGAUAAUGCGAGAUCUAAGCCGCAAGGUCGACCGCUUACGAAACAAUAUGAGGACGGACAAAGCUUCUAUUCAGAAUACCCUUAGCGAACCAGCAUCCACAGGGCCAGCCCAGCCCUAUGAUAACUCCCAAUUUCAGACACUGCCGAAUUCUCCAACAAACACCCAGGAAAUUGACUGGCUUUCGCAGCUGGGAAUGGGAAGCGCUACCGCGGAGAUUGGAGGUAUCCUGGGCCAUUCUAUCGAUGUGUCGGCUGAGAUGUAUGCGGAUCUCGAUUGGUCGGACGUCAACGGCACUUUUUUCGACCAAUGGGCUUUGUAG